AUGGAGCCGUCCGGCGGCGAUGCCGUACUGUCGUGCUCCAUAGAGGAAACGAACGCAAUAAGGAUCAAACUUGGUUUGAAACCUCUAGCCGUGCGGGAUUCUACCUCUGACGCCGCUGAUACUACCAUACAGACACAGGCAAAGCUAUCCCAUGAAGAAGAUGAAAAUGACGAAGCCAAUGAGGCACGACGUAGGCUUAUCGAGGGUGGCGGAGUAGCCGACCUAUUAGCUCGAGGAGAGUGCCUUUCUCCAGAAACGCAUGGAACUGACGCCGAUCUAGGAGAUGGCGGCUAUCGCUCACUAGAUGUCAACGAAUGGUCUAAGCGCAUGUCUGCUCUACAUGGACGGAAACGUUUGGGAGUACUUAACUACAGUGACGACGAAGAGGAAGAUGUACCAUUACCCAAGGUAGUACCGGCAGCAGCUAAAUCAAUUGAUGCACCGAAAUUGAAGGUAUUACAUAAAGUUGAUGAAUUGCCCUUGGAAUCCGGCAAGGAAGUAGUACUAACAUUGGCUGAUGUAGGAGUCUUGGAAGCCGAAGCAGCAGGCGUUGCAGAGGUUAACUUUUUAGAACAACCGGACUUAGCAAAACGGAAAUCAAACAAGGCAAUUGGACAAUAUUCUAUUAAUGCGGAAUAUAACCCAUACGAAGAUGAAGAACACGAUGAUGGGUUACCUGCACAUGCGAAACGCGAUAUUUUACACAAAUAUGACAAAGCUGUGGAAGAGUACCAAGGCGCCACACUAUCAAAUCUAGCUGGAAAGAAACAUGGGUUCUACCUAAAUGUCGAAGAAAACGGUGAAACUGAUGUUAAAAGACCGAGCACUUAUUUGACACAACCAACAGAAGAAAGCUUUGACUUCGGGGGGUUAAAACGGAAAAAGAAUCUUCUCAAAAAUCGAGAAAAAACAGUUAAUUGGAAUAAAAUAUUUGAUCCCAAAACUAUUGCAAGCAAUGCAAAUAGCACCGUACAAACCGAUUACACAGAAGAGGAAUCAGCGCCGUCACAAAUCGUCAAAAGAAGUACCCUCGAUCUAGAUGACGUAGAGGAAUGUAAUCAUUUGUACAACCAACUGGCAAAACAUCGCAGUAGGAUACUAGCCAAUAUCAAGGAGGAACCAGUGCAACAAACAGUAGCAACUGUACGGACGAGCGUAAUCGACACUGGGAUACCACAAGCUGAAGCGGAUGGUGUUCACAUAGACGCAACAUCGGAACUUAUCAAGGCAGUAAAGCCUAUGCAUGAUUCGCCUAUUGUCGAAAAGUCUACAGCACGUGAAACGGAACGCACGAAAAAUAUCACAGCAUCGUCAACAUCAGAUGAUGAAUUUGCCAACAUGGAAUUCCCCGAUGGCGGUGUUGAUAAUAACACACCAAUGACAAUGGGGAUAGCUGGAGCACUGGCGUAUCUAAAGGAUAAAGGUGAUUUAAUCGAAAAGAAACGUGAUCUUGAUGAUAUCGGGAAGGAUAUCACAAUUCAAUACAUUGACGAGUAUGGGCGACAAAUGACACCGAAAGAAGCGUUUAGACAGUUGUCAUGGAAGUUUCACGGGAAAACACCAGGACUUAACAAACGUGAACGUACUAUCAAACGAAUUGAAAGAGGUGAGUUUUUAUUAGUAAGUAUAUACUCUUGA